AGCUCUGGUCAUGCUGUCACACUGCGGCUGGCUUCUCCGACAGCUGGCCUACACCACUGGGUGCCACUCCUAACCAUCCUUUUUCAGCGCUGGCUGCUCUAUCUGUCGAUUACUCGUCUCGACCGACGUGUCACUCACCCAACACUCGCGAGGUUGUGGUGGUACAACCUGCUUCCCGCUUCGUGUGCCCAACACAACACCCCUUUACCCCUUUACCCAACAUUCGGUCUAAUCCUGCCAAUACUGGUGAUCGUCAUUCUCCAUUGUUCAUUGCUCAUUUCACUUUCAACAUAUCGUCGGCCUCGUGACAUUGGGUUCCCGGAAAGGAGCAUCCAAGUCAUUCGCGCAUCUCCUUGAUCGGAGCUGGACCUCCACCUUUGGAUUCCGACCAGCUCAGAAACACGCCCUCGCAGAGACAAAGAACAUUGACAACCCAAAUACAAACUCAAUCCUUUGUCAAUUGACUCCAUCCUCCCUUACCAUCACCGUCCUCAGUUCGACCCCCUACAUAGCGGCCAUUCUCGUGCUCGCUGUAGCACGGCCCACCCGUACGUCCGCGGGUUGGGAAACAUGGCCUUCCAACAGUCCGCGGCGCCGCGGCCAAUUGUCAUCAAUGCAAAUCAAUCUCAAGACUCUUCAUCUCAGACCCAAUUACGGCGUACGACAGUAGAAGAUUCCCAAGAAUGGGUCCUGUUCUCUCCCAGCGCGGCAGAGUCAACCAUCACCCGGACUCAAACUAGUCAGACUGCGGGGGCCUCAAGAGCAAGCGAUAUAUCGCUCAACACUGCUGGGCGGUCAGGUCGACUUGAAUCGUCCGUUUUCGAUGAAGAGGUCACGGAAGACGGCGAACUCGACAGCCUUGACGAUGGGUUGCAUGCCUUCAGAGAACCUCCCUUGUAUCCUACCAUCUCCAAUCAGACUCAGGGCGCCGUGUUGCCGACCCAUGACGGCCUGGGAACCUUCCCCGCUUCAAGCCCUCCUGUCCUGGAACAACUAUGGCAGCAUGAGGCAUACAACCCAAAACGAAAAUACGACGGACAUCACCGGCGACCUUCUAGCGUGCAGAGGAGGCUCGAUACCAUUGAUGAGAUUGAGGCGCAGGCGAGCGAAGAAAAGAGAAUGCGGAUAGAGAAGUGGCGGAUGGAACAAAGUCAAGCAUUAAUGGACGAAGUGGAGCGAGAAACUCGCCGGCGACUGAGGAGGGGAUCUCGCCAAUCCACUUACCAAGAGACACUGGCGUCUAUCAAUGAGGAUGUGCUCGGAACGACGCCGAAGCAGAGUGACUAUCUAUCUCGACCAACUCCAGCACCCGAGGAGUCAGAGCCCUUCUGGCGCCGCAUCACAAGAAAGUUUAUCCGUGAUGUUAUCGGCAUUGAUGAACCGCUGCUGUCGGUGAUAUUUGGAGAGAGCCUUCCAGAUGAGGCUUACGACAGCAGGCCAUCCUCUAGCCAUGUUCUGCCUCCUAUACCUGAGCUGGCAUCGGAAGGACGUCCGGUGGAGGACUCAACGUGGCGGGACAAGCUUCUUCAACGUAUCGCCCGCGAAUUGGGCGUCUUUGUGCAUCAACUGUCACCGCACCCGGGAGCGUUCACCACCUACUCCCGCAGUCCUGACUAUGCUGGCAUGCCGGUGUCGGCGUCUCGACCCAAAUCUCAGCUUUCAUUGUCACCCACCGAGGAAAGCCCAGCAAAGGACACUAUCUCAUCUGGCAUGACGCCUAAUUUUCCACCGACCGUCCGUGACCCUGCCCAUGCUGAGAAUUGGGGAUUUGAAGAAGACCCCGUCUCAUCCGCGUCGCCACUUGAUUCGUCCAUGAGCCUUCAGCGAGAGAGGGAAUACUGGGAGAGAGAGCUUGAUCUGAAAAUGGUGUUCCGCUACCUCAGAGACCGGUUUGCGAGCAGGUCAUCUGCUCAAUCCCCUCAAGCCUCGAGACAGCCUCUUGAAGACGCCGCCACCCGGACGGCGAUCAUACGCCAGCACCAUCCUCUCGUCGCUCGGGCUCAACGAUCUCCUGCCCGCUUGCGACGUGAGUCCAGGGCGAGCAUCAGGCGACCCGCAAGUAGCUGUGCCAGCGAAAGUGUGCGCAGCAGCAGGAAAGCUUCCCUGGUCAGAAGCGGUUCAAGUCGCAACUACUGGGAUAUCGGCGGAAGCGUCGGGAGCGGGAGCAUCUUGGCGAGUGGUGGAGCUUGGGGUGAAGUGUAGGAUAUCAGGACAUACGUGGCAAGACAUGUUUGAUAUGUCCCAUGGCAUUAUGCAUUGGCGAUAGGAUCGCACUGUAUGAGUAUGGAUCACGACCUUAUAUGAUAUUGGUAAAGGAACUCAACUUUUCUUGUUGUCUUGGGAAAGACAAGAAUCUGGAGGAUGAAACUACUUUAGAGAGUCAGAGACUCGCUUGAACAAUAAACAGAUUCUGCUUUGAUCGAAA